AGGGAGCGAGCGAGCGAGCGAGGGCGGACCCGAGGCGCCGAGAGGCAGCCCUGCUCGACGGGCAGUCACUUUUCGGAGCGGCGCUCUUGGCCUCGGAGCGCCGAGCGAGCGGGAGGGACCCUUCGGGUUCGUAGAGGUGCUGUGAAUUAUGGCUCCCUUCUUACGGAUAUCGUUUAACUCUUUUGAGCUUGGACCAGUAAAAAAUCAAGGAGAACAACUACAGCCAUUCUGUUCAAUAAAAAUGAAAGAGGCUUUAACCACAGAGAGAGGUAAAACUCUGAUUCAAAAGAAACCCACUAUGUACCCAGACUGGAAAACUUCCUUCGAUGCCCAUAUCUAUGAGGGACGUGUCAUUCAGAUAGUCCUCAUGAAGGCUGCAGAAGAGCCAAUGUCUGAGGUGACUGUAGGAGUAUCUGUUUUGGCUGAAAGAUGCAAGAAAGGCAAUGGAAAAGCAGAAUUCUGGCUUGAUUUACAACCUCAAGGGAAAGUACUGAUGGCUGUACAAUACUUUCUUGAAGAUGGAGAUUGCAAGCAGUCAAUGAGGGAAGACGAGGGAACCGUGACUAUAAACAGAAGAGGCGCAAUCAAACAGGCAAAGAUCCACUACAUCAAAAACCAUGAGUUUAUUGCCACCUUCUUUGGGCAACCUACAUUUUGUUCUGUCUGCAAAGACUUUGUCUGGGGACUAAACAAGCAGGGAUACAAAUGUAGACAAUGCAAUGCUGCUAUUCACAAAAAAUGCAUUGAUAAAAUAAUUGGCAGAUGUACUGGUACUGCAGCAAACAGCAGAGACACAAUGUUUCAGAAGGAGCGCUUCCACAUCGAUAUGCCUCACAGAUUUAAAGUUUACAACUACAUGAGUCCUACUUUCUGUGAUCAUUGUGGUAGUCUUCUCUGGGGACUAGUUAAACAAGGAUUAAAAUGUGAAGAAUGUGGAAUGAAUGUGCACCACAAAUGUCAAAAGAAAGUGGCAAAUCUCUGUGGAAUCAAUCAGAAACUAUUGGCAGAAGCUUUAACUCAAGUUAGUCAGAAAUCUUCCAGAAAAUCUGAUUCCGGGUCAGUAGAAAGUGUUGGCAUUUACCAGGAUUUUGAUAAGAAACCUAAAUCCUUGGGUGGAGAUACAACAGAUAAUAGUGAAUAUGAUAGGCUGUGGGAGGGAAGAUCACUAUCACGGCCGUCCAGGAGAAAAUUCAACAUAGACAGUUUUAUUUUCCACAAAGUUCUUGGGAAAGGAAGCUUUGGAAAGGUGCUGCUUGCUGAGCUGAAAGGGAAGAAUGAAUUUUUCGCAGUAAAAGCUUUGAAAAAGGACGUAGUGCUAAUUGAUGAUGACGUGGAAUGUACUAUGGUGGAAAAGCGGGUCUUAACACUUGCCUGGGAAAAUCCCUUUCUUACCCACUUAUAUUGCACUUUUCAGACUAAGGACCAUCUGUGGAAGAAGAUGGAGUUUCUUAGAGGUGGAGAUCUGAUGUACCACAUACAAGACAAAGGCCGUUUUGAACUCUCCAGAGCGACAUUUUAUGGAGCUGAAAUACUGUGUGGCUUACAGUUUCUUCACAGUAAAGGCAUUAUUUACAGAGACCUGAAACUAGACAAUGUGAUGCUUGAUAAAGAAGGACACAUCAAAAUAACUGAUUUUGGGAUGUGCAAAGAAAAUGUGUUUGGAGAGAACAAGGCAACAACUUUCUGUGGUACUCCAGACUACAUAGCACCUGAAAUUUUGCAAGGCCUGAAGUAUACCUUUUCUGUGGACUGGUGGUCAUUUGGAGUCUUGUUGUAUGAGAUGCUUAUUGGACAGUCGCCUUUCCAUGGUGAUGAUGAAGACGAGCUGUUUGAGUCAAUCCGAGUGGACACCCCUCAUUACCCACGCUGGAUUACCAAGGAAUCUAAGGAUAUACUAGAAAAGUUGUUUGAAAGGGAUCCAACAAAGCGACUGGGAAUAACUGGAAACAUCAGAGACCACCCUUUCUUCAAAGCAAUCAAUUGGUCAUUACUGGAGAAGAGGGAGCUGGAGCCACCCUUCAAACCCAAAGUGAAAUCAGCAAAUGACUACAGCAACUUUGACAGAGAAUUUUUGAAUGAGAAGCCUCGACUUUCAUACAGUGACAAAAAUUUAAUAGACUCAAUGGAUCAGUCUGCAUUUGCUGGGUUCUCCUUUAUCAACCCAAUGUUUGAAAAAAUCCUGGAGAAAUAGCUCAUCAAAAGACAACACGCCUUUGAGGUACGGCUGUGUAUGGAUUGCCUUCAAGCACCUCCUGUUUGAAAUGUGAUGAAAGGACACUGUCAUCUCUUUGCCUUCAUUCUGAACACUCAGUAGUGACAAAUUAUGUUGUCCUGCCAAUUCUUUUACAGAUGGUAGUAGAUUCAUCUUGCAUGAUUGAGUUUUAAAUAUCCUUGUAAAUCAUUCGUGUGACUCUUAAGCAGUAAGGAAAAUGUAAAUUGUUUGUAUGUUUGUUUGAAUAUAGUUAUCUGUUGUGGGUAAAUACGUAUAUGUAUAUGCUGUAUAUUUUGCUCUGGAGGUAAAAGAUGGGUUGCAAGGGUAUCUUUUAAAUACAGUGAAAGAGUUAGCCACUUUUAUAUCAAGUGAAAUAACUUGAAUUUUAUUCAGUUGAUUCUGAGCUUCAAGUAUUGCUAUUUUUAAUUGGUAAGUGCCAUCAAUUGAAGUGUUGUAUAAAGCCUUAUUCUAACCUGUUUACAACUUUUUCAGUAGUAUGUUUUUUGUUGCUCAUGAAUGAACGCACAUUAAAGAAAAUGAGAAGUACUGUAGCUGAUACAAAACAUGCCUUUUCUUGAUUUGUGUACUCAGACCACACUCCAAACCUCAUCCACAACCCCUAGAGAUGCAAGUCCUAUUAAUUCCAGUAGGGCUUUCUUCUGAGCAAAUACACAGAAACAGGCUGCACAUCUUUAUGGUCUCAGGAGGUGGUGAGCACUCCAGCAGUGGGGACAUUCAAGAUAAAGUUUUACAAGCAUCUGUCAGUUAAAGCUGACCUUGGACUCUUGCAUUGAGUAGGGGGUGGGUUGGACUCAACCACCUUUUAGGUCCCUUUCAGUUCCAUUAGUCUAUUAUUCUAAGUUGACAGGUACCUGAGGAACAUCUUGUUGUGUUACGUGACCAUGACAUCUAAUCUGAGGAUAGCUGCUGCUUUGAAUCUAAUCCUAGUUUCUGUGCAGGCUAAAUUCGAUUCAGCCCACUUUCAACACAGACAUCAACAAGAAUUGUUUUCUUUAAAAAUAUUUAAACGCAUAUCAUCUGGCAUCUACUCAUUCCUACCUGUUAUUUUAAAGAACAAGUGUUAAAGUGAAAAGAAGAACCUGUAGCACACAUAGAAUUGUGAAACUUAGAGGAGAUUGUGCAUGGAGAUGGAAGAGGAACGCUGCUAAAUUUGACAUUCAUCCAGGAUUGCUUGUUGUCAUUUUAAACUGCCUCCAAUUUAUAGCAACCCUGUGAAUGUGUGAACCUCCAGACCGUCCUUUUCCUCAGCAGCCCUACUCAGCCCUUUUAAACUUAGUACUGUGGCUUCUUUCAGGGAGUCAAUCCAUCUCACAUUUGAUCUUCUUUUCCUGACACCUUCAGGUUUUCCCAGCACUUUCUUUGGUGUAAUAUUUACUUUCUCAGAUGCAUGGGUAUCACUGCAAGUAGAUACCUUUCUACACGAGUCAGUUUCAUUUUCCCAAUGAAAACUGAGAAACACUUAUUGGGCAUACAUGAGUAAGUCUUGUUAAGACUGCUAAGUAUACCAACCUCUUAUUUUUUAUCUGAACCAGUAAUCUGACAUUUUUGCCAAGUGAAUUUCUUCAAAAGUUUUGGCUCCAAACUGCCUGAAAGUAACAGGUUUGGUCUCUUUUCUAAGUGAAAUGAUGUUAAUAUUGUGAAUCUUUAAGAUGUACAGAAUGUUUAGACCUGAGCAUAUUUCAAUGUGAAAAUGUCCAGACACCCAUCUGCUUUUCUGUGGUAUCUAUCACUAUCCCUACUGAGUUGCAUGACUGUCAGACAUGGUUAACUUCCAACACACUAGAAAGACAUGUCUUCUUCAUGUGCCAGGUUUCAUAGGUUACUAAAAAUAUUUAUUCUCUGGAUACUGACAGCAGACACUUUGGCUGGAAAAGCAGACAACAUAAUACUUCCGAAGACUUAUAUUUGCAUAGGCUGGAAUACAAGUUUCCACUUCUACACAUACCCUAUAUAUUUGUAAAUGAAUUUUUUGGAACUUUAGAAAUAGUGUACUCAAUUAAGCAAAUGUUUUGCUAGUUUACAUGUUAUGAGUCUUACAGGACCUGUCAGAAGAUCAGACGCAGUUAGGAACUUUAAGAGAACUUCAGAAAGCCAGCUGGCCAGAAAUAACUGGCCAUAAGGCUUUUGGUUUCUCCAGGUACUGUCAGAAUCUUCCACUUUUUCUGAGAUAAACCAUUGACAUCAGGCCACAUCUAGUGGUGCAUCUAAGAACAACGUAUUAUUAACAAAUUCAUUUCCUGUUGCAGUGUUAUUUCUUUCAUCCAAUUUUUCCAAUCUUUUUAGCACUAAUAAAGCAUUAAUACAGCAAUUAUA